CAUUUUCCAGCGACCAUACGCUCCCAAUCAACACAGACCAAAAUAUGGCACUGUUUCCAGCCUUUGCAGGAGUAACCAACGACAAAGUUGAAGAUACAUCCAAUGAACUGAAAUGGCUAAACAAUAAGAGUUUUCAGACCAGUGAUGCUCUGUCUCUUCAUAGUAGCUUCUUGGAGACGAGAAAUGAGGGGCUACACAAAGGCUUGAGUUUAGACAGGAAAGAUGAAGACACUGUGCCAUCGAAGAAGAAAAAGAAGCAUGAAAAGCAUGGGAAAAAAAGAAAAAAACACAGAGAAAAAGAUAAAAGGUCAACAGAAAGCAGUGGAUCAGACUCUGAACCAAUCUUUCCAAGCGAUCUCAAGCGGAAACAAGAAACAGACCGUCCACAGGCUGCUGCAAUUCCAAGUUCUUUCUCAUGGUUGGAUGACAUCCCGUCGCCCACAGCACAACCAUUCUGUGUGGAUUGUAAAUCUGAUGCGUCCAACUGGACGUACAAGUCUCUGUACAGAGGAGAUGUAGCAAGGUAUAAGAGGAAAGGUAAUUCAUCACUGGGUUUGGAUCCUCGCAGACAAGAAAUACGCUGGGAGGACACGAAAAAGAAACAUAAAGGGGGCGACAAGAAGAAAGGAACAGACAGAUAUUUUUUUCCGGCGUGUCGUCUGCUGCUCAGGUCUCAGCCACCUCUCCAGACAUUACCAAGAGUUUGUGAAAGCAGUGAUGUCACCAACUCCAAUACUUUUCUCCCACUGGAAGACAUUGUCGGGGAAAGAGAAGGACAGCCAGGUGGCAGAGCGCAAAUCUCAUCAGUGAAUCCGCUUGGUGUGUACGACUCCACCACUGCCCUCUGGCUGCAGGGGAAGGGAAAGCAGGACCCGACAGAUCACGACAAUCACAACUCGGAGACGGGACAAGAAGCUAAACAUUUGACCAGUCAGACUGAAGAGUUCAACAGGAAAUUGAGAGAGCAACCCGAGGACACCCAGCUCUGGCUGAAAUUCAUUAGAUAUCAAGAUGAGUUGAGUGCCGCAGUUUUCGGAGGUGAGGAAGAGCAACAGGGCAAAGAGUUAUUGGAGCGUCGCAAGUCUUCGUACAAAGCCGUGCUGGAGAAAAAGCUCAGCAUUGCCGAGCGUGCCGUGGCAACUAACCCUGGCUGUGUGGCUCUGCAGCGGGAGAGGCUCAGGAUCUGCCAAGAGCUUUGGGAACCAUCAGCUCUGGCUAAAGAAUGGAAGAAACUGGUCUUUCUCCACCCAAAUAGUGGCCCUUUGUGGAGGGAGUAUCUUCUUUUCACCCAGAGCUACUUCAGCAACUUCAGUGUGUCAAAAGUGAACUCGGCUUAUGGGAAGUGUCUCAGCAUGCUGAGUGCAGUCCGGGAUGGCAGCAUGGUGUCCCACCCAGCCCUGCCAGGGAUUGAAGAGGAUAUGCUAGAUAUCUUCACCAAGCAGUGUCAUUUCCUCCGUCAGUCCGGUCACUCCGAGAAGGCACUCGCUCUCUUUCAAUCCAUGAUCGACUUUACGUUCUUCAAGCCUGACAGUGUACGACAACUUUCCACCAAGCAACAGGCUGACUUCUUUGAACCAUUUUGGGAUAGCGGGGAGGCAAGAGUUGGUGAGUUUGAUGCAAGAGGUUGGAAAGCGUGGAUGGUCCAACAGGAGCGAGGAGGAUGGGUGCAGCCCUGUCCAGUGGAAGACGAGGAAGAGGAGGAGGAAGAGGAGGAGGUGAAGGACCGCAGCCAGCCACGGUGGACCGUGUGGCUGGAUGUAGAGUCAUCUCGGGAAGCUGCGCAUUGGUUGCCUUGGAGACCUGAAAAAGCCAAGGGCCAAUCAGAAGAUGACUGUGAGGACCCAGAGAGACAGGUGCUGUUCGAUGACAUCGGCCCUUCUCUCAUUUGCCUGUCCUCACCAGAGCUUCAGCUCCGCUUCCUUCUCCAUUUCCUGUCAUUUCUCGGGCUUCCAGUGGACACCGUGCUAUCUGCUGGCUUGUGUCAUCCUGGCCUGCUCAUGGAGGACCUUUCUCUGCUCACUCAGGGUAGCGACUCCCGACGAUCUCUGACUUUCCACAACCUGCCAAGCCUCGGGAUGAACUCUGUGGGUCACAUGACCACACUCCAAGGAACCAGGAAAUGGGCAGGACUUGGAAAGCAGGGCGAGAAGUUUGUCAACGCAAUGUUCAAUAUGCUCCUACCUGUUCUUCCAUCUGACCAACGAGCUGUCCUGUCGCUCAGCCGGAUGCAGUAUGAGAAACUCAAGGUGUUUCGUUGCACGCACGGCAACAAAAAACGUUUACGCUCUCAGAGCAAAAUCAGCAAGCGGAUUGCCAAAUCACUGCUCAAAGAACCAGAAAACCGCUCAUCCUUGGCAAUGUGGCGAGAAUUCGCCCACUUAGAGUGGAUGCUCGGCAACAUCGAAGAGGCUCGGAAGGUGUUUUCUGCAUCCACGGCAUUGGGUGGGGCUAAGGGGCUGUGUCACCCCUCCCUUUGUGAGCUUUGCCUGCUGUGGGCUCAACUCGAGGUGGAGGAUGGAGAAAGUGGGCCAGGAGGGGUUCCCACCGACAGGGGUGCAUCUACCGCUGUUUGUGUGCUCACCACACUGACAGAGGGGCACGCCUUGUCGCCUUCUUCGUUAUCACAGCCCGUCUCCCCGGUGGCCAUCCUGAAGGCCAGGAGGUCUUACGAACAAGCUCUGACUGCCGCUUUGUCUGCAUUAAAUCAAGACCUCUGCAAUCCUCAAGCCGACAAAAAAAGUCACGUGGAUGUCCAAGAAGAGAAGCUGAGAUUGAAAGGGCUGCUAGGCUGCUAUGCUCUGUUCCAGUACCUCACCAUGGGCAUCAAGGCGGCAAAUGCAGUCUACAGCCAGGCCAGAGAGCGGAUGGACGAACUCUACCGCACAAUAACGUCUGACCAGAACUCUCGCGCUGAUGCAGACCACUCUGGCAGCAACCUGUUAGUUAGCAAGUUAGCUUACGAGUGUGAGAUGGUGGCGGUGCAGCAGGCGUCGUUGCUCAAGUACCACAUGAGCGUGAGUGCAUUUCCACUAGCGACACUGAGAGACACACUCACCUCUGCCCUUUCGACAUGGCCAAGCAGUGCCCCCCUCUGGAGCAUCUAUGUACAGGUGGAGAACCGUUACCAUAGUGCUGGCCGGGCACGUCGCUUUUUUCACUCCGUAACAAGGGACAACGAUAGUGUUGUGCCACGGCUCUUUGCUAUUGUUGCUGAACAACAAAGGAAGCAACUGGUGGAUGCAGCACAGAGAUCCUGCGACAAAAGCGCGGCCUUGAGUCUCCUGCCAGAGAAUGGUCUCAGCAACCGUAUCCGUGGACUGUUCGAAAGCGCCAUCGGAUCCGAGAGGGGCAUUCACUGUCCCUUACUUUGGAGGAUGUACAUUCACUACCUGGUGUCAGAAGGUAAGAUGGAUAACGCCAAGGGGCUCUUCUACAAAGCCUUGCAGAAUAUUCCUUGGCUGAAGGGCUUGUACAUGGAUGCAGUGCAGCUAUUUCCUGAGAAUAUCCAGGAGUUUGUUGACCUGAUGACAGAGAAAGAGCUGCGAGUUCGAUUGCCAUUAGAAGAACUUGACAUACUGCUGGAAGACUGAAAUAUACUCCCCGCCAAAACUAUCAUUGGAUAGUCCAGCAGGAGAAAGACGUUGCAUUGAUUUCGCCAGAUGAAUGUGAAUGCUAGUCUCUUCCUGGACUUGAGAGGAGUAAACUAAAUUUAAAAAAAACAAAACAAAACAUUUUAGCUGUUUUUUUAGUUGAUAUUUUCAAUAAAUAUCAUUUUGUUUAUAAUUUGUAUAUGAAGUCUUGAUGUUUGAAUUGAUGAAUUAAAGUGUGAUUUUGUUUCUGAA